UCUAGUUUACGGCACCACCUGAAAGCACACGUGUUUUCGUCGCGUGGAACCUGUGUGUAGCACUCUUCACUCCAGCAGCUGAGCUUAUUUGUUGUACAAAGGCGCACUAGAAAAUGUCCUUCCGAGGAGGAGGUGGAAGAGGGGGCCGUGGUGGCGGAUUCAACCGUGGUGGAGGUGGAGGAGGAUACGGUGGUGGUGGAGGAGGAUAUGGUGGUCGAGGUGGCGGCGGCGGUUUCCGAGGUGGUGGACGAGGAGGUCGAGGAGGCUUCCAAGACUAUGGCCCUCCAGAAUAUGUUGUUGCAUUAGGAGAAUUCAUGCACCCCUGUGAGGAUGAAAUUGUGUGCAAGUGUGUAACUGAGGAGAACAAAGUUCCCUACUUCAACGCACCCGUGUACUUGGAAAACAAGGAGCAGAUCGGGAAAGUGGACGAAAUCUUCGGCCAGCUACGUGACUUUUAUUUCUCUGUUAAACUCUCUGAUAAUAUGAAGGCAUCCUCGUUCAAGAAACUACAGAAGUUCUACGUAGACCCAAUGAAACUCCUACCACUCCAGAGGUUCCUUCCCAGGCCCCCGGGUGAGAAGGGUCCCCCAAGAGGAGGCAGAGGGGGUAGAGGUGGAAGAGGAGGUCCCCGCGGAGGUGGAUUCCGUGGUGGCAGGGGUGGUGGUGACCGUGGCGGAUUUGGCAGAGGAGGUUUUAGUGGUGGACGAGGAGGGGGAGGAUUCAGAGGUAGAGGAGGUGGCGGUGGACGAGGAUUCAGAGGUGGGAGAUGAUGACAAACUGUUUGCUUCGGGGAUCCUCACCAAGUGUCAAUACCGGCAGGAAGCAAAUCGGCGCGAUGCCUGAGCUUGGCUCUGUUGAACUUGACUUAUGGAGAACAGACAUUGCAUAUUUUUAUACUGCUCAUCUGUCAAUUUGUUUUGUUUUUGUACACCAAUCUUUGAUGAAUAAUGUGUGAAUUCUUGGCUUUUAUUUAAUGACCUUUGAAUGCACUCUGCUAUCACAGGGAAUGGUAUCAUUAAUAGCCCAGUUGCUGUUGCAACUCUUCAACAUUGUUCACACUGGAUGGUUUUUGGGUACAUUUUGGAUAUGGUGUUAUUAUUAUUAUUAUUAUAAUACUGUUGGAUAUGAUUCAGAGCUUUCAGUUAGACCAAAAUAUGGGCCCCUUGGGGGAACUGGGCCUUUUUAUCAAUGUCAUGUUGGAGUGCAACAGUCAUUUCGAUGUUGAUGAAGCCAGAAAUCGUUGAAACCCUGAUGUUUGUAAGUGGAUGAUAUGAUGGACAUGAGUUAAUUUGUUAUCAUCACAAAUAAGUGGAAAAUAUUGUAGGAACCCCAGAUAAUCCAGAACGGUUACAGAGUACUGCCAUCUUUUGUAAAGAAAAGCCUUUGAUUAAACGGUGCUCUGUAGGUAUCUCCA